AUGGACAGCCGCGCCAACUCGGGCGAGCUGCUCGCCCGCGACGACGGCUACUUCGCCUCGGUGCACGGCAGCGAGUCCAAGGACAUGCUGGGCACCACCCACGUCAAGCUGGGCCAGCUGAACUCGUUCGACGGCACCAAGGAGGCCCAGAAGGACUUCGUGCCCCACGUCUCCUCGCCGUCCGUCGAUGCCAGCUCCAGCCUGCGGGUGCCCGGCUCGACAUACCGCGUGUCGGCUCCCCCGGCCUUCAACAACGACGCCUGCUCUACAACAGCUACGCCCUCGCCGUCACAGCACCCCUACCGCCUGCAGCAGCGUCACACCCUCGAAGUGCCCAAACUGUCCUCUUCGCGCCCCCGUGAUUCACAGAACAACACCGACGAUGUUGUCUCCGCAAGUGGGAGGUUCUCGCCAACGUCAGCUUCCCGUCGCAGAGGAUCCAUGUCUCUCGUGCGCCGGACCACACGAUCUAUCAACUCGGACAUGCACCUUGACGAGGUGCCGCAGGACGAGGACGCUGCGCGGUGGGCCGAGCACAUACGCCAGAAGCGGGCGAGCAAACGAAAGCGGAGGGAAGAUGAGGACGAAGACCGCGUCGUGGUCGGUACCAAGGUCGACCAAAACCACGUCAACUGGGUCACUGCUUACAACAUGCUUACUGGUAUCCGAUUUACCGUGUCGAGAACCAAUGCUAAGAUGGACCGCGAACUCACUGACGCUGACUUCGAUGCGAAGCACAAGUUUUCCUUCGACAUCACCGGCAACGAGCUCACCCCGUCCGCCAAGUACGACUUCAAGUUCAAGGACUACGCACCCUGGGUCUUCCGCCACCUCCGCACAACUUUCAAGCUUGACCCCGCCGACUACCUUGUAUCACUAACGAGCAAAUACAUCUUGUCUGAGCUAGGCUCGCCCGGCAAGAGCGGCAGUUUCUUCUAUUUCUCCCGAGACUACAAGUACAUCAUCAAAACCAUCCACCACGCCGAACACAAGUUCCUCAGGAAGAUUCUGAAGGACUACUACAACCACGUACAAGACAACCCGAACACUCUUCUUUCCCAGUUUUAUGGCCUUCAUCGCGUGAAGAUACCCUACGGACGCAAGAUCCACUUCGUCGUCAUGAACAACCUGUUUCCUCCGCACCGAGACAUUCACCGCACAUUCGAUCUCAAGGGAUCCACCAUUGGACGCGACUUCCGAGAAGAAGAGCUCGAAAAGAACCCCCGCGCAACACUGAAAGAUCUCAAUUGGUUACGAAGAGACCUGCAUUUGGAGCUGGGGCCAACGAAGAAGGAUGCGUUCAUCGAGCAGAUGCGAAAGGAUGUGAAGUUGAUGCAGAAGCUUCACAUUAUGGACUACUCGAUGCUCAUCGGUAUCCACGACCUGGAGAAGGGCAACGAGGAGAACCUCCGCGAGAAGACAUUGAAGGUCUUCCAGCCGGGUGGUGAAGCUGCCGAGGAACCCCAGCCCAACCAGCUCAUGCGGACACCGUCGAAGUUGGAGACCGCACGCAAGGCAAGAGAGCUCCGACAGUCAGUCAAGACACAGAAGCCAGUCCCCAUGGAACAAACUUCCGCUAGAAUGCCGGAUGAAUUGGAAGAUUCUAAGAAGCACUUCUACUUCUACUCCGACGACGGUGGCUUCCAGGCCACACAUGAAGACGACCGUCCCGGGGAAGAGAUCUACUACCUUGGUAUCAUUGAUUGUCUCACACACUACUCUCUCAUCAAACGGAUGGAACAUUUCUUCAAGGGCCUUGCAAAUACCGAAUCCCAGAUCUCUGCCAUCCCUCCCGAACGAUAUGGAGACCGUUUCAUAAAGUUCAUCACCGGCGUAACCAAGACCAAAGAAGCAGCCGAGCGAGAAAAGGCAGAAUCAGCUUUGGACCCUACCAACGAAGCCGUCGUCGGCAUCUCACGCAGCUCCACAGACCGCGUCAUGGAAAAGGCCGAACAUCAAGCCGAGAAAACCCAACGCCAUGGCGUCCCCGAACGGGACGUCCCCAACCUCCAAAUGCGCGUAGUCCGCAGUCCGUCCGCCGAGCGCGGCGAAAUCGGCACCACGCUCCCUGUCGUCGAAGAAGCAGGCGAGGCAUCCAGUCUAGGCGGCCGCAGCAACCGCUCCCACGAUGCACCAACCCGCUCUCCACCUCCACCGCCGACAGAAGAGGCGCACGUCACGCCUCUGCAAAGACCCGUAGCACGGGACAUAGAACAUGGCAGGCCGCCGCCCACACCGCCCAAGGACUCUGGCACAGCGAGCGAGGAACGACCGCCCACACCACCAAAGGAUGGCCAUUAUGCGCAUAACAGGCAUUCUGGACCACCGACGCCGCCGAAGGAGAGCAAGGGGAGGGUCAGCGUGGACAAGGAGCUGCCGAGGACGCCGCUGGAGACUACGAUCCGGGUCAACUAG